AAGGCGGCGUCCAGGGUCUGCAAAAACGUGCACGAGUUUAUUCUGGAUUAGGGAAUAAAAAUCCCCGUGGAGUUUUCCACUCCUGGUGGCGCCUGGGUGGACCUUGCUUGGCUUUGGAACAAAGCGGGUGUGGACCGGGGGAGGCCGCCUGCCGCCUUACAAGAGCGUUUCACAACUUUAUAAUCCGGAAAACAAACCAGUUUGGCUGUGGGGAGAGACGGGACGAGCCAGCGCUUGCCAAGUGCUCUGCUAUGGCGACAAUUGUCUCCGAAAAGCUCAGCCACCUCUUCAUCAAUGCCCAGCAGUUCUGGAAGGUCCCUCGUCUCCUGGAGGAGGCACUCCCCCCGCCCUCCUGCACUGUGGGGGUGACGGACGUGCCCCGCCUUUUCCGGAAGCCCUACAUCCAUGCCGGCUACCGGCCUCUCAACCGGACCUGGAAGUUCUACUUCCUCUCGCUUUUCCAGCGGCACAACGAGGCCAUCAACGUCUGGACGCACCUGGUGGCCACCGUGGUCCUGGUGGCAAGGUUCUGGCGGCUCUCCUGGGCGGUGGACUUCCUCGGCGACCCUCAUGCGCAGCCGCUGUUUGUCAUUGCCAUCUCGUCUGUCGUCUAUGCCACCUUCAGCACCCUGGCGCACCUCCUGCAGGCCAAGUCUGAGUUCUGGCACUACACGUUCUUCUUCUUGGACUACGUGGGGGUCGCCACCUACCAGUAUAGCAGCGCCUUGGUGCACUACUAUUACGCCAUCGAGCCAGAAUGGCACGCAAGGAUUGUGGGCUUCUAUAUCCCGGGAGCUGUUUUGCUGGCCUGGCUCUCCUGCGCCGGUUCCUGCUAUGCCAAGUACCGGUGCCCUCAUCUCUCUUCCCUGAUGGGCAGGCUGUGCCAGGAAAUGCCCUCAGCUGUGGCGUAUGCCUUGGACAUCAGCCCGGUGCUCCACCGGAUCUACGUCGCCUCUUCCUCUGGCCUCGCAGACGUGGCCAUUCUAUACCACAAGUGCCACGUCCUCUUUUUCCUCAUUGGGGCCUUCUUUUUUGCCUACCCCUAUCCCGAGAAGUGGUUUCCGGGAAAGUGCCACUUUGUUGGCCAGGGGCACCAGAUCUUCCACAUCUUCCUGAUGCUCUGCACCCUCGCCCAGGUGGAGGCGGUGCUUCUAGACUAUGAAAUGAGGCGGCCCAUCUACUCCCGGCUGCACGGCGGUGUGGCCCCGCUUUUUUCCGCCCUGUGCCUUUUCGUGGUGGCUGUCUGUGGCCUCACAGCCCUUUUCAUGACCGCCAGAGUGAGACAUAGGCUGCAUUGGAAAGAGGAGUGAGACAGAUGACGGGGGGAAAUGGAGGUUUGGGUGGCUGUCGAUCUGCCACUUUCCUUGUUCUUACUCUGGGCAUGCCCAUGCGUUUUCAAUUUAGAGGACUGGACAUUUUUGCCUGAGGUGGCUGGUGCUUUUUGCAGGCCUUUCCCCCUGGGAAGAGGGCAUUGCUUUCCCGCUUCUGUGUGGCUUACUACUCUUGAGCAGCAGAGCGGGUGGAUUAGAGAUUGCACCGGAAAGGACGUGAUGCGGGAGGAAGUGGCCUGCUUCCUGGAUGCAAUUGGGCAGUUACUUUCCAGGAGGUGGGUCUGUAUCCCCUUGCCUUCCUCCGUGGGAGAGUCUUGUCACUCAUACCCUUAAUGUGAUUUCCCUUCUGGUCUUCACAGUGGAAGAGCUUCAGGAAGGAUGAAUGAGGGAUUGCCCCCAGUCUGCACUUGAUUAGCUGGGAGGGUCCUUCAAGGGUCAAGGGCCCCCGGAUACGUGCUGACCUUGCUCCCUGCCCCUGCUGAUUUUUCGGUAUGCCUGACCUAUGCACAGACCCAGGAUUCUGUAGCCCCCGGUCCCCCGGUGCAUCUUCAUACCUACUUGUAGGGGGACGGGGACCUUUGUGGAUCUCUGGAUAAGGCUGCAAUGCCUUCACAGUUUGCCUUCCCACCUUCACAAGGCAGCGACGUCUCAAAGGAAAACGUUCUUCUGGUUGGGUGCAACAGCGACCAGCCAGCCAUUCAGGAAGCUGCCGUGUGCAUGUACCUUAAGAAGUACAUCUGUACACCCCUCUGGCUGGGGUGAAGCCGAAUUCUGAUAUUUUUAGCAUAAUUCAUGCUAGUGAUUGGGGCUGAUGUCAUAUGUCCAGGGAGAAGUGCGUGUGUGUGCGUAGAAGGGAGCUGGCUUUUGUGGCUAACUUUUAAAAGUAAAAUAAAGAUGUAUAGUCGGAGGCAACAGGGUUCAAAUACCAGUUGCUGAAAACGGCAGGAGGGGAGGGCGCUCUUGAGCUCAGGUCCUGCUUGUGGGCUUCCCAGUGGCAACUGGUUGGCCACUGUGAGAACAGGAUGCUGGACUAGAUGGGCCACUGGCCUGAUCCAGCAGUGUCUUACGUUCUUCCACACAUGUAUAUAAGGUCAGGCCAAAGGACCGUCUAAAGCAGGGAUGGGCAACCAUUUUUUCAGCCUGAGGCCCACAUUCUCUUCUGGGCAAUCUCCCAGGGGCCAGAUGGUGGGCAGGGCCAAAGGCAAAAGUGGACAAAGCAACACAUGUGAAUUUUAUCUGUAUAUAUUAGGGUGGGAGAGAGCCAGUGUGGCGUAGUGGUUAAGGUAUUGGACUACGACCUGGGAGACCAGGGUUCGAAUCCCCACACAGCCAUGAAGCUCACUGGGUGACCUUGGCCCAGUCACUGCCUUUCACCCUCAGAGGAAGGCAAUGGUAAACCCCCUCUGAAUACCACUUGCCAUGAUAACCCUGUUCAUAGGGUAGCCGUAAGUCGGGAUCGACUUGAAGGCGGUCCAUUUUCUUUUCAUAUUAGGAUGGAUUCUACACACACACACACACACACACCCAUCUCUAUCCUCCAUUCAAGCCAGCAAGAAACAUUGUCAGAGUUGACAACACUUUCCAGCCAGGCAAAAACAUUCAAGGAAGGUGCAGAGCGGGGCUGGUGAAGGGCGUGGCCUAACAGGGUGUAUGGCCUGGGAGAGUCCAGAAGACCAGAGGUCUGAAGGGCCACACUUGUCCCCUGAGGUUCCCCAUGCCUAAUAUAAAACAAAGCUCUGUCUUGAGCAGGAACACAGGCAGCUGCUUGAAACCAGAUCAGACAAUGUGCCCAUUUACCCUUGCAUUUACUCUGACUGGCAGCGGCUUUCAUAGGUCUGGAGCAGAGGUCCUCUCUGCCACCUUCUCCCUGAUCUUUUUCACUGGAGACGCCAGGGAUGGAACCUGGGACCGGCUGCACAUUGCUCUGCCACUGAGCUGCAUUCCAUCCCCAGUCAGAUACUCUUCCACAAACUCUUUAGUGGGGCGUUUUGGAGAGGUUGACUCCCCAUCGCCCCAUAAUUGAGGUGUGCUUAUCGCUCUGUACCUGGAGGUGCCAUUUAGAAGCCUAUCGUCCCGUGGGUAGAUGGAGUCCUGUUUGAAAUCCCUCUGCGUUUGUGGCUAUUGCCAGAUCGGGUGCCAACGACGUCUAUGUUAAGUGUGCGGUGAGUGAAGAAAGGCUUUCUCUUCUCGCUUGUUUAAAGCAGGGGUGGCUAGCCUGGGGCCCUCUGGAUGUUCCUAGACUCCAGCUCUCAUCAGCUACAGUCGGGGAUGAUGGGAGUUGUAGUCCAGCAACAGCUAACGGGCCACAGGGUAGCCACCUGUGCUUUAAAGGCAUUUAUAACAGCAGAAUCCGCUGCACGCUUGCUCAGAAAGAAGCACCGCUGCAUUCAGCGGGGCUCCCAAGUAAGAGUGCAUCGGAUUGCAGCCUAAAUGUGCUGGUAAUCUGUCCUGAUUCCAUUAGCUGCACUUAAAUGCCCCAAGUAAGUUUGUAGAAAAACUCCACAAUGCCUCUAGCAUGUGACAAGAUAAUGUCUUGUUAAAUCCUGGGGGACCGGUUGUCUCCUUGAGACAGGAUGUGGCAUAGAGACAUAAGCUGCCUUUGAGUGAGUCAGACCAUUGGUCCAUCCAGCUCAGAGUUGUCCACACUGACUUGGCAGAAGCUCUCCAAGAUAUUGCAGGCAGGUAACAUACCCAGUAUUACCUGGAGUUCAUAGAAUAGUAGAUUUGGAAGGGGCCUAUAAGGCCAUCAAGUCCAACCCUCUGCUCAAUGCAGGAAUCUAAAUCAAAGCAUUCCUGACAGAUGGCAGUCCAGCUGCCUCUUUAAUGCCUCCAGUGUUGGAGAGCCCACUACUUCUAGGUCAUUGGUUCCAUUGUCGUAUGGCUCUAACAUAGGACGUUUUUCCUGAUGUUCAGUCAAAAUAUGGCUUCGUGCAACUUGAGCCCAUUAUUCCGUGUCCUGCACUCUGGGACGAUCGAGAAGAGAUCCUGGCCCUCUGUGUGACAACCUUUCAUGUACUUGAAGAGGGCUAUAUCUCCCCUCAAUCUUCUCCAGGCUAAACAUGCCCAUUUCUUUCAGUCUCUCCUCAUAGGGCUUUGUUUCUAGUCCCCUGAUCAUCUUUGUUGCCCUCCUCUGAACCUGUUCCAGUUUGUCUUCAUCCUUCUUGAAGUGUGGAGACCAGAACUGGACGCAGUACUCAAGAUGAGGCAUAACCAGUGCUGAAUAGAGGGGAACGAAUACUUCACGCGAUUUGGAAACUAUACUUCUGUUAAUGCAGCCUAAUACAGCAUUUACCUUUUUUGCAGCCACAUCGCACUGUUGGCUCAUAUUCAGCUUGUGAUCAACGACAAUUCCAAGAUCCUUCUCGCAUGUUGUAUUGCUGAGCCAAGUAUCCCCCAUCUUAUAAUUGUGCAUUUGGUUUCUUUUUCCUAGGUGUAGAACUUUGCAUUUAUCCGCGGGGUGGUGGUGGUGAACCUGGGACUUUCUGCAUGCAAAACAGGUGCUGUGCCACUGAGCUACAGCCCUUCCCCUGCCAGCCAUUCAUUCACCUUCCACCUGAUGAGAACUUUUGUCAGUUUUUAAAACACAGCAGCCUGAUUUGGCUUUACCCUGUCCAAACCCUGUCGUGAUUUGGCACUUAGAAUCCAGUCUGGUUAUGAGCUUCCUUGGAGGUGGGUGGGCUUGGUUGGAAACUGGGAGACCUUCAAGCCUGUUAAAGGUGUGGCUUUAAGUUGGCUUGAGUCUCUUGCUUUCAAUGGGACUAAAAACCAAAUACCCUGUUCAGAAAAAAAAAAGCAUGUAUUGUAGACCUCUUGGGACAGUUCCACUUCAGAAUAACUGGUGGAAUCGCAUGUAGGAAUGCUUUUUGGUGUUUUAAAAAGAAAAGAACACCUCCCCGCAUAUAGAAAUCUAGCAUGAAUCUUGAUUACAUGGAGCAGUCAGUAUGGAAGCUGGAGGGGAGAGGGCAGGCCUAGGAGGAAAGGCCCUGCCGGCCAAAUGGGAAUCCUUUGAGACCCGCAUCUAGCCCAUAGGCUGGAGGUUUCCUAUCUUGGGUAUUUCUCAACCUUUUUUUAACCCAUGCCUCUUUUUAGCUAUCAAAAAUGCCACACACCUCCUUCAAACUAUACCUUCCAUAAUAAUGCCAAACUAUUGCACACCCAUGAAGAUGUGCAGAUCACAUAAUAAGCAGUGUACAAUCUUCUCAUCUUCUGAACAAAACAUAUUACACUUUUAUAUUUUAAUGUUAAUUUUUCAUUUAUGUUGUACAUACUUUUUGGAAACAGUCACCUACCCCCCCUCGAUCUUAAUACAUUCCUUUGGGCACACCUCCCCUGGUUGAGAAACACUAGUAUAGAGGCUUGGCUAAGCGUGACUUGUUUUAUGAGAGAGAGAGACUCGUGUGUGUGUGUGUGUGGUGUCCUUAUAUAUCACCAAGAAUCUCUCCUCGCCACAGUCACUUUUUUCUUGUGCAACAUUUUGCAAAGGGUUUUUUAAUUAAUAUCUUGAAAUUGUUGUACUGAAUGAUGAAAACGUGAAGGAUGAAAUCCAUCAUGUUAGGAGGGGAAGUGGUCCAGAAUAUACUGAUAGGCUACUUUUUCACAUGCAAUGAACUGUUUUGCUCUGUGGAACAUUACAACAUGCACCCACAUUGGAAUUUUAAAGUGGUAUCAUUCUGAGUUGGGUAUACCAGAUUAAAUUUCUGAAUGUGUAAAUUUGCUGUCAGUCUAUCUAAUCAAUAUGAUGCAGUUCAUAUAAAGAGUGACAUAUAAAGAGAAGCUUCAGGGAGUUCAGAAUUUUGCUGACAUUAAGCCUAGAAAAGUGGAUUUGUGUGUUACAUGUUUUUCUUCCUGCCUGUCUUACAUUUUGUACAUUUUAAGGGGCCUGAUUCUAUCAUUUGUUUCUAUAAAGUUGUUUUCACAAGCCAAAUGUUUUAUAGUUUUCUGUCUUGGUUGUCUCCAAAGUAACCCUUUUGACAACAAUAUAACCAGGUUUGGAACAAGAAGGGCGCCAACUCUUAGAGACAACUGCGAUAGGGCUGCAGAACUAGGCACUAAAAGUCACAACACGUAUUGACAGCUUUUAAAAUACCAUUGAACAAGUGGAACCUGCAACAAAAUGUUUCAGUGUGAAGUGCUGCUGCUUACGUUUCCAGUCACUCCUUUUCCCUCCUUCCCUCCACCAGACUAAGGUCACAUCCACGCCAUAUGUUUAAAGCACAUGGCUUCCCUCAAAGAGGGAGCUGUAGUUUGUUAAGGGUACUGGGAAUGGUAGCUCUGUGAGGGGUAAACAGUUUACAAACUACAGUUCCCAGGAUUCUUUGGGGGAGCUGUAUGUUUUAAAUGUAUGGUGUGGCUAUGACCUCAGCCCUAGGCUAUGGUCUGAAGGCAAACAAGGCCACCACCUUGCUGAAGCUAAGCAGGUCUGGGUUUGAUCAGUGCAUGGGAG